AAGCUUUCAAGAGAUCAUAAUCCCGUCCCUUGAAUGUAUUUUCACUAUGUUGUGUGAUAACAUAGUUUGAGCAUUUAUAUGUAUCUUCCAUCCUAUUUUCAUUAUUUAGCUCCAUCAGAUUCUCAGAAGUAUUUUAUUUAACAACAGUGCAGGAGAAAAUGUGCGUUUUGACACAAAUGGUGAAUUAAUUGCUGGCUUUGACAUUAUAAACUGGCUCAUGUUUCCAAAUCAGUCCUUUCGUAGAGUCAAAAUUGGGAAGAUAGACUCUCUGGGUAUCCAGGAAAAACCGUUCACCAUUCAUGAGGAUGCCAUUGUAUGGCCCAACCAAUUUAACCAGACUCGGCCCAUUUCUAUAUGUAAUGAUCAUUGCGGUUCAGGUUAUAGUCGGACCAAGAAGGAAGGGAAGCCAUUUUGUUGCUAUGACUGCAUUCCAUGUCCAGAAGGAAAGAUUUCCAACCAGGAAGACAUGGAUGACUGUUUUCAAUGCACAGAAGAUCAGUAUCCAAACAUUGGACAGGAUAUAUGUCUUCCAAAAGAUAUAAGCUUCCUGUCUUACGAUGAACCUCUGGGGAUCAGUUUGGUCACGUUAGCUCUUUUAUUGACUUUCACUACAACUUUGGUGCUUAGGAUCUUCAUCAAGCACAAAGAGACUCCCAUAGUCAAAGCCAACAAUCAGACCCUCACCUAUGUUCUCCUUAUAGCCCUCUUUCUCUCCUUCCUUUGUCCUUUGCUAUUCAUUGGCCAGCCCACAAAAAUAACCUGUCUCCUUCGACAAACUGCUUUUGGAGUCAUCUUCUCAGUAGCAGUGUCUUGCAUAUUAGCAAAAACAACUAUAGUGGUUCUAGCUUUCAUGGCUACCAAGCCAGACUCCAGAAUGAGGAGAUGGGUGGGGGAAAAUCUGGCCAUCUCCAUUGUUCUUUUCAGUUUCCUCAUUCAAAUGAUGAUUUGUAGUGCCUGGAUGAUAGUCGCUCCCCCACUCCCUGAUUUAGACAAGCACUCAGUGACUAAAGAAAUUGUACUGCAAUGUAAUGAAGGAUCAGUCACCAUGUUCUACUGUGUCCUAGGCUUCAUGGGAAUGCUAGCCAUUGUCAGUUUCACUGUGGCUUUCCUAGCUAGGAAGUUACCAGACAGUUUUAAUGAAGCCAAGUUUAUCACUUUCAGCAUGUUGGUCUUUUGCAGUGUGUGGCUGUCCUUUGUUCCUACCUACCUGAGUACCAAGGGAAAGUACAUGGUGGCCGUGGAGAUCUUUUCUAUUUUGGCCUCUAGUUUUGGAUUACUUGGCUGCAUCUUUUCCCCCAAAUGUUAUAUCAUUUUGGUGAGGCCAGAGUUAAACAGCAGGGGACAGCUUAGCAUAAGAAAGAAUUAAAGCAUGAACAAGUCUAUUAGAUGUAGCAAAUCAUAACUGGACUACAUCUCCUUGUAUUCAUUUUGCUUCUUCUCAGAAUGCCUCAACCCAACAAAGCAAACAGAGAAGCCCAUGUAGCUGUUCUCCCUGGACUUUCCCCUGACAAAGUACUCUGAUUAAGGGAAGCAGUGGAUCAUGUAUCCUAGAUUCAUAGACUGGGGAGGGACCGUAAUUCCACGAUGCUGACUACACAUUUUGGAAACUACAUUGGUUACAAGGUCUUCUAUAAUGAGCUUCUAAUUUCUUCCUUCCCCAAUACAACAGUGGUCCCUUAUUAUCAAGUCAAAGGGUAAUAAAAAAAACAGUUCUGAAUAUGUGACAAACACAUUUUCUUCAACAAUUCCAGAGGGAAUUCUUAGCACUUUAUGAGUAAUUACAUUGCUUCUUGAUUAUUAACAGGGCUAUAAUUUGAGCUGCUGCUUCUCAAAAAACAAUGGGGACUUACAGUGACCACUGACUUGUGAUCCACAAGUCUGGUUUUGGAUACUCCAACAUUGCAUCAUCUCGGGAAAAUAAACUACCAUUUAAACAAGACAUUUUUUAUCUUGGAGAAGAUAAAACAUAGUUUUUGCAUAGAACAACCAGUUGCCUUUGUAUUGAGCAUGGUGGUUUUAGUGUUCUUGCUGCUGGAACUGAUUUCUUACAUUGUAUGUCAGGCUCAAAUAGCAAAAUGCAAGCUCCAAAGUCCACACCGUCCACUUCACAUGUAUCAUCAGCCAGGAGAGUUCCUCAUUGGUGGCAUAGUUUCCCAUGGUGGCUUCAUCUCCUCUCCAGCAACAUUCACUGAGGAACCCCCACCAGCGCUGCCUGAAGAACUUGUGUAAGAACUAAGCCACUUAUUUAUUAUAGCACAGGAAUGAUCAAACUUAGUUUCAGCCUCAGAAUAAUGACUGAGGCUGCAAACUUAUACCCAUUUACCUAGGGAUAACCACUUUUGAUUUCAGUGGGACAUAUGCUGGUGUAUAAUCCAUAAGAAUCUUGUGUGAAUUAAAAGAAUACUGUAGAAGCUCCCAUUUCUCAAUAGGGAAAUAAAUAUAAAUGUAUUGAAAUGUGUAUAUAUUUGUAUGUCUGAGAUAGCCCUUUUGAACAGCCGUUUUCGAUAGACUUUAUCUGAACAGGAGUGUAAGUGAGAAUCAAUUAAAAAAAACUGUUCUGAACCAAAAUGCCCAUAUCAUUUCAUUUUCUGAUCUUAGUCUAAUAUUUGUUUCACAAUGAUAGUAUAUAUUAUGAAGUAUAGAAAUCUGUGAAUUACAACCACUCUCACUGCCUCAUGAACAAGGAAGCUGUCAUUGCAUGACAGAACUGAGAAAAACUGUAAAUGUCAGCGAAAGACUUCAGAUGUUUCAGGGAAAGACCCCAGGGGUUCCAAUGUUCCAAUGGGCACCACAUUAGCAACCCCUGGUCUAGAUACCAUUGGCCUUUACAGAUUGGAGAACUGGGGCAAAACUAACAAAAUGAAUUUCAGUCGGGACAAAUGGCGGGUUCUGCACUUAGGCAGGAAAUAUCAGCUGCACAAAUCUAAGAUAUGGAAAACCUGGCAUGCCAGUAGCACAUGUAAAAAGGAUCAAAGAGUCUGCAUCAACAGAAGUAUAGUGAGCCAAUCAAAAGAAGUAAUAGAGGAGUGCUAUUCUGCCAUGCUCAGACCACACCUGGUGUACUUUGUUCAGUUGUGUUCAGCACUACUUAAGAAGGAUAUUGACAAGCUUCAACGUGUGCUGAGGAAGGUGACACAUAUGAUUAGGUGUCUGGAAACCAAACCUUGUGAGGGAACGUUGAGGGGGUUGGGUAUUUUUAGCUAUGAAAAUAGAAGACUGAGGGGAAGUAGGAUAGCUAUUCUCAAGUAUCUCAAAGCCUGUCACCAGGAAAAUGGAGCAAGCUUGUUUCCUAAAAAUCUAGAAGAACUUGCUGAUUAUAAUAACUGUUCAGCAAUGGGAUUGACUGAUAGUUAACUCCACUGAACGGAAAAUGAUUAACUACUGUGUUGAUAUGUAAAAGGAUAUAUCAGUUCCUUCUAUUGCCAUUUGCAACUCUCAUUCUAGGGUGGUGCCUAAGGUUUACCAGCACAUCAUGGCCUUGGCAUUUGCAGUCAAGGAGAUCAACAAAGACCCUCACAUCUUACCCAAUAUCACCUUGGGUUUCCACUUGUAUGACAGCAAUAACAAUGCAAGAAACACAUAUUUUGCCACACUGCUGCUUUUAUCCAGGGUGGAGAAAUUUCUUCCUAACUAUAUAUGUGAUGUUGAAAGUAAUCUGGCAGGGGUCAUUGGGGGACUUGAUUCUGAAAUCUCCUUUUAUGUGGCAACUGUUUUGGAUAUCUAUAAGAUUCCACAGGUAGGACACCUGAGUACAAUACCUCUAUUAGCUUGUAUAGAGAAAGAGGCUGAAUUCACAGCACCUGUUCAGGGUGUAUUACUAGUUCAGAGUGAGGAUGGAAUUUGGAGCAGAACCAGUUCCUUGGAAAAUACAGAAGGUACAGAAUUAAAAUAAAAUAAAAUUACCUGAAUAAGGGGAAAGAAACACUGCGAUACAAGAAAAAAUAUGUCACACCCCCAAUCUCUUACACACACCUCAAGCACACUGAUAUCCCAAAGGCCACUGAAUGUUUAGGGGGAAAGGGCUUUCAAAUUAAACAUACUCUGGAGGUAUGGCAAAUUGCAGAUACAGUCCAAUUCUGCAGAAGAACAGUAAUAGUACUAAGCAGCUGGUUCCAAUGUGAAAUAAAUGUUCAUAAGUGAAGUCU